GUUUCCUUUCGCAAUGACCGAAAGGAUUCGCAGUCUUUGCCGGGAUGGAUUCGGGCGCACGGCGCUUGCAAAGAGAUCUCAAGCAGAUCCAAGAAGAUGGAGCGUCAAAGAUUUUUGCAACAGCCCGCGGUGAUGAUCUCUCUGUUUUGGAUGCCCUGGUGUUGGGGCCUGCAGACACCCCAUAUGAUGGCGCCUUGCUCCACUUCCAGCUCAACAUCCUUCCAACGUAUCCCAUGAAUCCCCCAGAGGUGCGGUUUCUCACCACAGACUCGGGAACUCUGCGUUUGCAUCCUCAACUCUAUGCAGAUGGCAAGGUAUGUCUUAGUAUAUUGGGCACUUGGCACGGCCCGCGUUGGACGCCCAGCAGCUCAAUCCACACUAUCUUACUGUCCAUCCAGUCCCUCCUUUGCGAGGACCCUUUGCGUUGCGAGCCUGGCAUGGAAACAGCCACAGAUGAGAAAGUGGAGUUGGCCAACGUCUUUGUCGUUCACGAGUGCGUCCGAGUUGGCAUUCUUGGCAUGCUGGAGAACGGGCCAUCCUGGGAUGACGAAGGUGAUGAGAGCAUCCUCACAGCUGCUGCUAGAGCCUAUUUACCAUCGCGUGCUGGGACUCUCUUGUGGCGGUUGAGCAAUCUUGCUACCCGCUUUGAUGGUCAGGUGAUGCGUGAGCCUUUUGUCUUCGGUGCUGAGACAAGGUCCAGGCGAUAUGACUUCAGCGGCCUGGCAAGACGUCUUCAAGUGUUCUUUCCCACUGUGUCUGUGCCUCCACAGGAACCACAGAAAACACAGGAGCCAGAUUGCCACGAGGUGGCACCUGAAGGUUCUGAGCUCCCACGUACAGAGGAUGCAGAACUUUGCUGUCGGAUUUGCCAUCUGACUGCAGAAGAGAGCGACUCCGCUCUUAUCGAGCCGUGCCAAUGUGCCGGCAGCAUUCGCUGUGCUCACUCGAGCUGUCUCAUUGACUGGCUGAAGCACACUGGUGCUAUUACACAGAGCGAGUGGCGCUGCGAUCUGUGCUUGGCUGCUUUCCGAGUACAGUCUAUGCCGGGCAAACCUCCGGGGCGAAGGCUACUCCAUCGCUCGUUGCUGGAGUUUGUUGACUUUCAAAUCUCUUCAGAGUGUUCAGGUUUGGUGACGGUGUUGUUGACAUCCAUUCUGCAGACCUUGCUGAUGUGCGUCGGUUCUGGUGUUGCCAACAUUCUGUACCUUGUGGCCAAUAUUGUGCUCUCGCCUGUGGUCACUGCCAUUUACAACAUCCUAAAGUGGCCACUGGCAUUGCCUGCCAUUCUGCUGGACUUCGUCUUACACAGCAUGUACGCGAUCUUGGUUGGGGUGAAGGUGGCGAUGUUGAUUUCAGGUUGGAAGUCCAGGCCAACCGUGUGGUUUGACGCCCAAGAGCAGGUGCUGAUUUGGGCCGCAGAGAUGCUGACCUUGUUUUGCAACAUCCGCCUCACAGGUUUGCUGGCAUUGGUUUGCUACUUCACCGCAGAUCACCUGUGCAGGACUUGCCUUGGUGUGAACGCUCUUUGGGUGAUUGAAUGGCCAAUCCUGGGACGCAAGCCAGAGAUUAUGUCUUUCACCAGCUUCACCAUGAGAGCAAACUGUCCUGCAGAGCUUGUCAGGAACGCAGUGAGCAAUUCUUUCAUCUACCAACUCAUCGGUUUGUCGUCUUCGCUCGUCAAUUUGAUCGCCAUUUUACUGCUGAUAAAGGCAGCUUUCCUGGACGCAAGAUCAGUGCCAGUUGCCAUCUUGCCUGCCGAAGGUAAGCUGAAAAAGCAUUGAAGGUUUGGGCAUUGAACCUGUACAGCAAGACUGUAU